AUGGGAAGUUUCAACACCAGUUUUGGAGAGGGCUUCAUUUUGGUGGGCUUCUCAGAUUGGCCUCAACUGGAACUCAUCCUUUUUAUCUAUAUUUCGAUUUUCUACUCCCUAACCCUCUUUGGCAACACCACCAUCAUCAUUCUCUCACGAUUGGAUCCUCGACUGCACACGCCCAUGUAUUUCUUCCUCUGCCACCUCUCCUUCCUGGACCUCUGCUAUACCACCAGCACUGUGCCCCAGCUGCUGAUCAAUCUUUCUGGACUCGACAGGACCAUCAGCUAUGGAGGGUGUGUGGCUCAGCUCUUCAUUGUCCUCUCCCUGGGUGGAACUGAGUGUGUGCUCCUGGUGGUGAUGGCCUUUGACCGCUAUGCUGCUGUGUGUCGUCCACUCCACUACACAACCAUCAUGAACCCCCUUCUCUGCCAGUCCCUGGCUAUUGCUGCCUGGGUGGGAGGCCUCACGAAUUCUCUGAUUCAGACAAGCCUCAUGAUGGCCAUGCCUCUCUGUGGCCUCCAUUACCUGAACCACUUCUUCUGUGAGAUGCUUGUACUCCAGAAGUUGGCUUGUGAGGAUACAGGAGGCACAGAGGCCAAGAUGUUUGUGGCCCGAGUCAUAAUCAUU